AUGUCAAUUAAUCUAUUAGAACAGUCCAUGCUACUACAUCAAAAGAUGUUACAAGCCAAUCCUCAAAAACAAUACAAACAAGAAGAACUACUAGAGCUCAUAGAUGUUAAAAAGGAAUCAGAUUUAAUGGAAAUGUUACAAAAAUUAAUGAAUGAUAAAUUAAUCAAAUUAAGUAAAACUGGUCAAGAUUUAAAAUUUCAAGCUAUAAAUAUUGAAGAAGCUAAUAAGAUCAAAAAUAUGUCAGAUGAUGAAGGGAUGAUAUAUUCAUACAUAGAAGCUAGUUCAAGAGAAGGGAUAUGGACUAAAACUUUAAAAGCUAAAACCAAUUUACAUCAACAUAUAGUUAAUAAAUGUUUAAAAAAUUUAGAAAAUCAAGGUUAUAUUAAAUCAAUAAAAUCAGUUAAACAUCCAACAAGAAAAAUAUAUAUGUUAUAUCAUUUACAACCAAGUAUUGAUGUUACUGGUGGUCCUUGGUUUACUGAUUCUGAAUUAGAUACUGAAUUUAUUGAUACUUUAUUACAUGUAAUAUGGUUAUAUGUUGUAAAACAAACAUUUCCCAAAUCUGGUGAUACUUAUCAAAAUUUAAAUCCAUUACAAGCUACUUUUACAAAUUCAAGUUUUAGAGGAGUUGAUUUAGAUUCUAUUUUGGAGUACUUAAACAAAAGUGAAGUUACAAGUGUUGAAUUAGAAUUAAAAGAUGUUAGAUCAUUAUGUGAUGUUUUAAAAUUUGAUGAUAAAAUUGAAGAAGUUGAAUCAGGUUAUUCUUCAAGUUUUAAAGCAACAAGACAAAGUAUAAAUGAAUCAAGAAUGGUUAGAAAUUUAAAAGAAUUAGAAAAUAUAAUACCAGAAGAUGAAAGAGAAUAUUUAAUUAAAAAUAAAACAUAUAAUAUUUUUAAUUUUAAUGAUCUUGAUGAUAUUGAAGAUGAUGAUGAAAAUGAUUCAAAAGAUUAUGUUUAUUUAGAUAGUUUUUUGAAUGUAUAG